GCCAGGGAAAGAGUUAUGGAAGCGCUGAGCUGCAUCCAGGACGAGCCUUUCGUCCACCCCCUAGGACUCGAGCCUGAGCCUGAACCGGAGCUAGCUCCGUUUGCAGCAGCAGCUGCUGCAGGGGGGGCCCCGUCCCAGCCCGGGCCGGGCAAGCCCGGGGAGAAGCGCUUCAGGCUCUGGUACGUGGGUUCGUCGUGCCUGGACCGGAGGACCACGCUGCCCAUGCUGCCCUGGCUGAUGGCGGAGAUCCGCCGUCGGAGCCAGAAGCCCGAGCCUGGCACUGCCCGCGAGGUGCUCCUGCUGCUGAGCUCACCAUACCUCCGCUGCGUCCGCCCCUCGGGUGGCAGCGGGGAUACGGGGGGUAGCACUUCAGCCCCCGGCCCGCUGCCCAACCCGUCCGUCUUCAUCUUCGAGCACAAGGCGCAACACAUCUCCCGCUUCAUUCACAACAGCCACGACCUCACCUACUUUGCCUACUUGAUUAAAGCCCAGCCCGAUAAUCCCGAGUCCCGGAUGGCCUGUCACGUUUUUCGGGCCACCGACCCCAACCAGGUUCCUGAUGUUAUUAGCAGUAUAAGGCAAGUGUCUAAAGCAGCCCUGAAAGAGGAUGCCAAACCUAAUAAAGAUAACGAGGAUGCCUUUUACAACUCUCAGAAGUUUGAAGUGCUUUAUUGUGGAAAGGUAACUGUGACCCAUAAGAAGGCCCCAUCAACUCUCAUUGAUGACUGCAUUGAAAAGUUCAGUGUACAUGAACGUCAGCGUCUCCAGAGUGAGCAGCGCAGUUCUGAUUACAGUAGUGACCUUAUGGUCCUUGAGUCAGAAGCACCCAUUUCACCAGUAGAUGGUCAGUUUGAGGAACUUGAUGAAAUAACCUCUCCUGCCUCUGGCCUAACAAUGGUAGCAGGACAGACAAGUUUGUCUGGCUCUCGUGUCUGCUUCCCUGAAAGGAUUUUGGAAGAUUCUGGUUUUGACGAACAACAAGAAUUUCGGUCUCGAUGUAGUAGUGUGACUGCAGUUUCUCAGAAAAAGGUGCAUGAUGGCACCCUAAAAGUACAACCACGAAGAAGACAUGCAAGUGCCCCUAGUCACGUCCAACCCUCUGACUCAGAGAAGAAUAGAACGAUGCUGUUCCAGGUUGGGAGAUUUGAAAUUAAUCUAAUCAGCCCAGAUUCCAAAUCAGUUGUUCUUGAAAAGAAUUUUAAAGAUAUAUCUUCUUGUUCUCAGGGUAUAAAGCAUAUUGAUCACUUUGGAUUUAUCUGUCGGGAAUCUCCAGAACCUGGGUUGAGUCAGUAUAUUUGUUAUGUGUUCCAGUGUGCAAGUGAAUCUUUGGUUGAUGAGGUAAUGCUCACCCUGAAACAAGCCUUCAGCACAGCGGCUGCCCUUCAGAGUGCCAAAACACAGAUUAAGUUGUGUGAGGCCUGUCCAAUGCACUCUUUGCACAAACUCUGUGAAAGAAUUGAAGGCCUUUAUCCACCAAGAGCCAAAUUAGUAAUACAGAGACAUCUCUCAUCAUUGACAGAUAACGAACAGGCUGACAUUUUUGAACGUGUUCAGAAAAUGAAACCUGUAAAUGACCAAGAAGAAAAUGAGCUUGUAAUUUUGCAUUUGAGGCAGUUGUGUGAAACUAAACAAAAGACUCAUAUUCAUAUUGGAGAAACUCAGUCGACGCUUUCUAAUAAUACAGUUCCUGAAAAUGUGGGCAGCAGUGGCAGGUUCAAACUUGACAUUUUGAAAAACAAAGCUAAGAAAUCCUUGACCAGUUCUCUGGAAAAUAUCUUCUCAAGGGGAGCUAACAGAAUGAGAGGCCGUCUAGGGAGCAUGGACAGCUUUGAAAGGUCCAACAGUCUUGCUUCAGAGAAGGACUGUUCACCAGGUGACUCUCCACCAGGCACCCCGCCAGCCUCCCCACUGUACUCAGCCUGGCAGACAUUCCCUGAAGAGGACUCGGACUCCCCUCAGUUUCGAAGGCGGGCACACACAUUCAGCCAUCCCCCCUCAAGUACAAAGAGAAAGAUUGCCUUACAGGAUGGGCGAUCUCAUGGUGUUCGGUCUCCUCUCCUGAGACAGAAUUCCAUUGAACAAUGCAGCGUUCUUCCAUCAGGUCGACGCAUUCACAAGGAGAGUAAAUCUUCUUCUUCCAGUCUUCCAAGUCUUCAUACUUCCAUCUCUGCCCCUUCCUUCUCUGCCCCCUCUUUCCUGAAAAGCUUUUACCAGAGUUCAGGUAGACUGUCCCCACAGUAUGAAAAUGAAAUAAGUGAUGGGGAAGGAAGGAAAAGGACUUCAUCUAUCUGUAGCAGUGACUCCUUAAAUGUGGGAGGGAUUUCUGUCACUCCUCGACGUGUCUCUUGGAGGCAGCGCAUUUUCCUUCGAGUUGCUUCACCUAUGAAUAAAUCUCCCUCAACAAUGCAGCAUCAAGAUGGACUUGACAGAAACGAGCUGCUGCCUUUGUCUCCUCUUGCUCCAACUAUGGAAGAAGACCCUCUUAUCUUGUUCUUGCCUGGUGAAGACAAACCAGAGAAGGUUGACAACAGAAGAAAAUCUGAAGAACUACGGGGUUUGUGGAAAAAAGCUAUCCACCAACAAAUUUUAUUGCUUCGAAUGGAAAAAGAAAAUCAGAAACUGGAAGCUAGCCGUGAUGAACUCCAGUCCAGAAAAGUUAAAUUAGACUAUGAUGAAGUUGGUGUAUGCCAAAAGGAAAACUUACUGUCAUGGGAUAAGAAAUUAUUAAACUACAGAACUAAAAUCAGAUGUGAUAUGGAAGAUAUUCAUAUUACUCUUAAAGAAGGGGUGCCUAAAAGUCGCCGAGGAGAAAUUUGGCAGUUUUUAGCUCUACAGUAUCGUCUGAGGCACCGAUUGCCAAGUAAACAACAACCUCCUGACAUUUCCUAUAAAGAACUUUUGAAGCAGCUCACAGCUCAGCAACAUGCUAUCCUUGUAGAUUUAGGAAGGACCUUUCCCACUCAUCCUUACUUUUCUGUACAGCUGGGAUCUGGGCAGCUAUCCCUCUUUAACCUUUUGAAAGCAUAUUCUUUGCUGGAUAAAGAAGUGGGUUACUGCCAGGGGAUUAGUUUUGUGGCUGGAGUACUGCUUCUGCAUAUGAGUGAGGAGCAAGCUUUUGAAAUGCUCAAGUUCCUCAUGUAUGACCUCGGAUUCCGGAAACAGUAUAGACCGGACAUGAUGUCCCUGCAGAUUCAGAUGUAUCAACUCUCAAGGCUCCUUCAUGACUAUCAUCGAGAUCUCUACAAUCACCUUGAAGAGAAUGAAAUCAGCCCCAGUCUUUAUGCUGCCCCCUGGUUCCUCACAUUGUUUGCCUCCCAAUUUCCAUUAGGAUUUGUAGCCAGAGUUUUUGAUAUUAUUUUUCUUCAAGGAACUGAUGUUAUAUUUAAGGUGGCACUCAGUCUACUAAACAGCCAAGAAGCACUUAUAAUGGAAUGUGAAAAUUUUGAAAACAUAGUGGAAUUUCUUAAAAACACAAUACCAGAUAUGAAUACAUCUGAAAUGGAGAAAAUAAUUGCCCAAGUUUUUGAGAUGGACAUUUCUAAGCAGCUUCAUGCAUAUGAGGUUGAAUACCACGUGCUACAAGAUGAACUGCAGGAGUCCUCCCCCCAUUCCUGUGAGGAGAGUGAACCUCUGGAAAAGCUAGAGAAGGCUAAUAACCAGCUGAAGAGACAGAACAUGGACUUGUUGGAAAAAUUACAGGUGGCUCAUGCUAAAAUCCAGAGUUUAGAAUCCAACCUUGAAAAUCUUUUGACGCGAGAGACCAAAAUGAAGUCCUUAAUCCGGUCCCUGGAACAGGAGAAAUUGACCUACCAAAAGACCGUGGAACAAAUCAGGAAGCACUUGCCAGCAGAUGCCCUGGCUGACUGUGAACUGCUGUUGAGGGAAGCAAAUUGUAACCCAAAUAAUAAAGCAAGAAUAGGAAAUAAGCCAUAAUUGAAGAAGUGCCACCUUAGUGGGCAGUGCAGUUUAACAUGCUGAAGGAAAGGAGUCAUAUGUAUGCUGCUGGACAGUCUCGGGAGACUCAAUGGAGUGGAAUCACCUACAACUAGUUUGGAAGCUCCAGUAGUAUGAAAUGGGCCUUUAAUCCCAAAAUGCAAAUCCCAAACUAUUAAAAGCAUCUAUGCUGGGUUUUUUGUUGCUGUUAUUGAUUGUAUACAUAGACAUAAAGGGAAAUUUAAAAAAAUUCAUGCUUUCAGAUAAGACAAGUAGAUGUAUAUUUAGAGCAAACGAAAAAAAAAAGUAAACUUCACCAGCGGGAAGAAAAAGCAAGACUUCCUGUACACAUGUGAAAUCUUUUUUGUCUUUGUAGUGAAGUAAAGAGGUUGUAUCUUUAUAUAUUGAAUAAUACUUGAAGAAAUGAAUGUAUUUUUUCUCCAAAGAACAGCAUGUUUCACUUUUUUUGUUGAAAAUUUGUGGUAAAUGCAUAUGUGCCUGUCAUAAAUUCUACUGAAUUGUUUAUGGGAGGAUUAUGACUGUGACUGAUAGCCACUUUCAUGUGACUUUUCAGGGAAUGUGGUACAUAUCCAUCCCUUCUGUUAUGUGCCGUCUUUAGCAUGUUGCUUCCACAUGCAUGUUCACAAGGAGUAGGCAUCGUUUUUUAGCAACAUGGCUAAAUAGAAUACAAAGAUGUUUUGCCUGGAAUGCCCAAGGUAAGGGGAGGAGUUUGUAAUUAUGUGGUUAACUGGACCAAUGUUGACAGCCAAACUGGGUCAGUCAGGCCCCAAAAUAGCAUCCACUUUGGAACCUUAACUGUCUAGCCUGUCUACAUUUGUUACUCAAAGUAACCUGGUAAUUGUGAACUUCUCCUUUACUUGGUGCUAUGUAAACACAGCCAAUGACAAGGAUUUACUUUCUCCCUCUCCAAACACAUUUCAGAAUUCCAGUUUUUGUUCUAAUUGCUUUGAAGAAAGUCUGACAAGAAGGAAACUCAGAUUUUCUCUGCCAGCAAUACUUGGCCUUCUACAAGUGCCAUGUUGUAAUAAUGUGGUAUUUCUCUUCACAGUUGACAAAAUUAAAUAGAUUAUGAUAUUCUUCCUUUUUUCCAUGUAAUGUUUAGCAAAACUGUGAACUGAAUUAGAACAAACUUCUUUUUAAAAUCUCUUAGUGGGCAAUGGAAAAUGUAGCCUCAUGCCCAUCCCAGGACUGAAUUCUAAAUUCUUAAAUUCUGACUCCCAACAUUUUAUCCAUGCUCAUAUAAACUACUUAGAUCUUCAGUCAUACAGUAUGUAUGGGAGGGAGUUAGUCUUCAAUUACAAAGCCCACCCCUCCCCACACAUACAUUUUUCCAUAUAAAGAAUGAAUUCUUAAAUAGUAUCUACAAAAGGAGACUCAGUAAAGUAAAUGAUGAAGCAAUUUUUUGCUUUUCAGUAUUCCUGUUUUAUAAAAUACUUUUAUAUAAUUACUGACUCAUUGCCUCUCUUCAGUAAGUUUCCCUUGCAAUGGACAGAGUACUAAGAGAGAAAAGUGCUGAAACCCAACCACCUCUGAACCUUGUUUGUGUAUUAUUGUCAUGAAUCUGAUUACAGUAGUACUUGUGCUGUAAUACUGAUAUUGUUUGUUUUUGUGUUUCUGAAGAAAAAGUCUUAUUCAUAAGGUUAUCUAAGUUAAAGUUCUCUUUCAUUAGAUGGAAAGCCUAGGUACCUUAUGAAACCUGGGUAACCAACUGAUUGGUUCCCAUAGAAUAUUUUUAUUGGAUCAGAAUUCUUUCUCUGGUAGUAGAGAGGUUUUCUUCCUAUCUUGAAUUUAAUAAAUGCAUUGAUAGACUACAUAGAUUUCUGUUAUGCCCUGGUACCAGGAUUUAUCUAAUGUGUAGACAUGAAGCAUCAUAUUUUGACUUGGCUGAAUUAUAACUAGUUAAGCUAAGGAGAAGGCUACUGUUUGGUUUUGUUUAAAAUGAAUUUUAGUUAACAUGUCUAUAAAAGAGACAGCCCUUGGGAACCUGCAGUCAGCAGAGUGAUCAGAGAUUAAAGUGACUCAGAUAGUCUAUGAAAAUGAACAUUUUUUUUCUCUUUGUGAUUUUUAUGUUGCACCAGUUGUGCUUUGCCCUUUGUUUUAUCUCUGUCAAGUUAAAUGUAGUGUCUGAUUAAUUUCCAAUAAAUGCCUUGCUGCAGUUUCUUUCCAUG